CAAACAGAUGGACAGUGCUACAGAACCGUAUGAUGAUGCCCCAUUUGAUUUACUGAAUCCCACACGGAUACGGUAUUACUUCAUUCUUGAUAGCCCUCCAAUUGAUAUUGGAGAAUAUUUAGUAGGAGAUAAAAUCCAAAUGCACAUAACACCCUACAUGGCAAUUUCCGAGACUGCGUUUGUUCGAUGGUUUCUGGAGCCCUCAGAACUCUCAGAGUCUGGGGAAAAUAUCACCAUAUUAACCGAGGGAGCAGAGGGCAUUUUAAUUAAUGGGAUCAGGGACGAAGAAUUUGGCCACAUCCGAGCUGUUGUUUAUGAUUUUACAAAGGAAAUACCGGGGAAGGUGGCUGUAGGACAAAGGCUGUUUGAUAUUCGGAAAGACAUAACAAAGACCUGCUCAGGGAACAUUAGGAGCACUCACACCUGCCAAUGCAACGAUGGCUUCGAAGGAAAUGGUGUUCACUGCUUGGAUGUUGAUGAAUGUACAGAAGGAACACCCUAUAAUUGCCUACCAGGAGCAACGUGUGUCAACACCCCCGGCUCAUACAAGUGUCAGUGUGAGAAUGGGUAUGAGGGAGACGGCAUAUAUUCCUGCAUAGACAUUGAUGAGUGUCUCCUGCAACGCCAUUCCUGCAGCCCCAGUGCCUUCUGUGUCAAUACCCUGGGAUCCUUCACAUGUCUUUGCCAGGCCGGACAUUUUGGUGACGGCAUUCACUGCAUUGCCUCCAGUACAUGGACCCCCUGGUCACCAUGGUCAACCUGCACUGCGACAUGUGGGGUGCAGAACAAAAUGCGUAUCCGUGAAUGCACGCACCCAGAGAGCGGAAUGCGUUGUGAGGGACCGUCGGCCGAACUGAUGGGUUGUGAAAUGCUUAGACCUUGUCCAGUGAAUGGGCAGUGGUCUGAGUGGUCGCCAUGGUCCCCAUGCACUGCUUCCUGCGCUGGCAUCAAGAAACGAGUUCGUAUCUGUGACAAUCCCUCUCUGGCCAGUGGGGCUGUCCCGUGCAGUGGUCCAUCCGAACAGGUCAUGCCGUGUGGAAACACCGACUGCCAAGUCACUGGGUCUUGGUCGACGUGGACAGCGUGGAGCCCUUGUCCGCUCAGCUGUGGAAUGGCAAUAAUGAAACGUUCCCGUACCUGCAAUGCUCCAGUCUCCAGGGAAAGUGCAACUUACUGCGCAGGGCAUAGCCAGCAGGAAAGAUCUUGUGGAUUUCCGGUUGAUUACUGCAAGUAUCUGUCUCAGUCAUCAGACUCUGUCUUAACAGGAAAAUGGACAUAAGUGUUGACCCACGCUUCAGUAUCACUGACUCUGCUGGUAGAUCAUUUCUG